AUGUCAUCCAAGAGCUCUCACCUUUGCGAUGCAUGUGGAAAAAAAUUUACCAGCAAUUCCCAUCUCAUGACGCACAAACUUAUUCACACAAAGGAAAAACCCUUCGAGUGCUCUGAUUGUUUAAAAUCUUUCAGCCAAAAAAGCUAUUUACUGAAGCACAUGCGCGAACACACCGGCAUACCUUUUGGUCACUGUUCCAUCUGCAAAAAGCCAUUUAGAGACCUGAGAAGUCUUAAAAAGCAUAUGAAGACCCACACAGAGGAAAAACCCUUCAAAUGCUCCACUUGUUCUAAAAGAUUUAAAUAUAAAUCAAGUUUGAUGUCACACAUGAGAAUCCAUACAGGGGAAAACCUUUUCAAUUGUUCAGAGUGUCCGGAAUCUUUCAUAUCAAAAUCCCACCUCACAACUCAUAUGCGAGUCCACACUGGCAUACCAUGUGGUCACUGUUCUAUCUGCCAAAGGCCAUUCACCGACCCUAGUAGUCUUAAAGUGCACAUGAGGAUCCAUACGGGAGAGCGUCCCUUCAAGUGCUCGGUAUGUCAAAAAGGUUUUAUAUCUUCCAGUAGUCUCACAGUGCACAUGAGGACCCACACCGAAAAGAAACACUUUCAAUGCUCAGAUUGUCCAGAAUCUUUUAGACAAAAAAACCAUCUAACAACUCAUAUGCGCGUCCACACUGGCAUACCUUCUUGUCACUGUACCGUAUGCCAAAGGCCAUUCACUAACAUGGGCAGUCUUAAAACGCAUAUGAUGAUCCAUACUGGGGAGAAACCCUUUAAGUGCCGAGAUUGUCCAGCAUCUUUUCGCCAAAGUCAGCAUCUGUCGAGACACAGGCGCCUUCAUACGGGUGAAGCAUGUGAUAAAUGCCUCAUCUGCCAAAGACCGUUCACCGAUCCACGUAAUCUUAAAACGCAUAUGAUGAUCCACACUGGUGAGAAACCCUUCAAGUGCUCGGAUUGUCCAAAAUCUUUCAGACAUAAACACCAUCUCGAGGCCCAUAUGCGGCUCCACACAGGCAUACCUUCUUGUCACUGUACCAUCUGCCAAAGGCCAUUUACAAACCCGAGUAAUCUUAAAGUGCACAUGCGGACCCACACGGGGGAGAAGCCCCAAAGGUGUUCGUGUGCAAUAUGUCUGGAAAAAUUUAGCCAAAAAGGUAAUCUUAGAAGGCAUAUGAGGACCCACUCGGAGGAGAAACCCUUUGAGUGCUCAGACUGUACAGAAUCAUUCAGCCUCAAAAGCACACUCGAGACUCAUAUGCGCGUCCACACGGGCGUACCUUAUAGUAAUUGCACCAUCUGCCAAAGACCAUUUACCGACCGGAGCAGUCUUCAAAAGCACAUGCGCACCCACACAGAUGACCCCAAAAUCUACCAGAAAUUACCAAAAGACUGUAAAGUAUGUUUAAGACUUUCGCGGACUUUGAAAGACGAGCCUCUUUUCUACAAACCUCAAGCUUACACAGCUACUAAGCUCUCCCCCAAAAAGCUCGAUUUCCAGCAGAUUUUCCUCGUGAUUUCGUAG